CGGAGCUUUCCAUUCCGGUGCCGUAGUCCGUCUCGCGAACCUCGCGGUGACGUUACACACGUCGCGUCGUGCCGGGUACCCGUGCCGCCCUGCAUCGUUCGAGGGUGGCUACGCGUCGUCGCUAGGUCCUUUAGGGUGUCAACGGGUUUGCGAUAAUCCGGGCGUCGCACUGCGCGCGGCGUCGCGGCGCCGCGUUCUCCGUUGCUAUUGUGAACGGAAUGCGCGCGGACGCGUCGUCACUGCUCCUGCGAGGGUUGAAACAGCAUCCCCUCGGACUCACUUCCGGUAAACGCGGACCGGAAGACGCAGCUUCGCGCUAUUCGAAUGUCCGACGUUGACGUUGAAAAGUGUGAUGCAGUGUUGAAGAUAUCGAUAACACCCGGGAAAGUUAAUAAAUGCCAAUUUGUUCAAGAUUGAAGAAUGUCAAAAAAUCGAAAAGCCUAUUCGAGACGAGGGGAAAAUACCUAAAAAUUAUGGACUGAAACAUGUAACAAUUAGUUAAGUUGUUUAUAAACGUCAAAACUGAUUUUUAAAAAUUAAUUUAAACAGUAGCAACGAAAAAUUGAAAUACUGGAUAUUUCUAUACCGUCUAAAGACUGUUCGUGCGAUUAACCAGACGGAUCAUAGUAAUAUAUCAGUGAUAUCGGAUCGCUGUAAAAUUGUUUGCCCUGCCCAUAAAUGAGGAACAGAUUAACUGGCGAGGAAGAUGAAAUUUUAGGAUAAAGAAGAUUCAUCGCGUCAUAAAUUUGUGCAGUGUGCAGUUCGAAGAUUAAUCAAAAGUUUGCGUGUUAAUUAAGUUAAUUUAACUCAACUCUCCGUUGGCUACUAUCUCAGUCAUUCAUGAAACGGUGUGAAUAUGCAUUUGUGUGAUUGUGCGUUUAUAGUGAUUAUUGAAAAAAUGUGAAUUUGUGCGUAAAGUCCUUCCUCUUUUGAUUCCACCGAUUUCAAGGAGUCCUUCUUAUUUAUAAAUGGACACUACAAGCAGCAGUUCGAAACUUAGUGAGAUUUAAUAUUCAAAAUUCAACUAAUUCUUAGAAAAGAAAAAUAAUUACAAUUAGUUGUACAAAAUAGUAGAUAAAAACAAGAAAAAGAAUAUAAAAUGUUUCCAAAUUUACGAAAUAAGCUUUUGAGAAGUACAAGAGUUAUAAUAAUAAAGACUCAUUUUUUUGACAAUUAAUUUGAGAAAGUAAAUUGUCAUUAUUUAUUUUUAUUAUUAUUGAGUGUAUUAAACAAAAUGCUAAAAAACAUUCCGGGUUGAACUUAGCUGAUAUUGUUCAAUAGUUCCCGGAAAUCCCAGAGAGAGGAAGUCAUGACUCACUUAUAUGAGAAGCCCACCGGGAUGGAGGAGACUCGACAAGCAUCGUAAUUAAUCGUGCAAGCGUAAAUGAGAGACGAUCGUUGCGGAACGCGGAGGUGAUCCAUAGAUCGUGUCGGGCGCGAUCAGUCGCCGUAGCGCGGGCGAGGCGAGGGAAGGGUGGCAAGAUGGAACUCUUCCUGAUCCUCGUUUGCCUGAUCGCGCCGCCCGCCCUCUCGCUUUCCAUCAAAAGUAAGGUCAAUCCCCGGAUCGUCCAGACGCGCUACGGCGAGGUGCAGGGCGUAACGAGGUCCUUCGAGUAUGCCAAGUACCUCAAGCCGAUCGACGUGUACCUCGGAUUACCCUACGCCACGCCGCCGGUCGGCAGCAACCGCUUUUCCCCAACGAGAGCGCCGAGUCCUUGGGAAGGAGUCAGAUUAUCGGACUCGGUGGGUCCAGUCUGCCCCCAAAAGCUGCCGGACAUCGCAAACGAGCAGGAAGCGCUCGAGCGAAUGCCUAAGGGAAGACUAGAGUAUCUGAAGAGAUUGCUGCCUCAUCUGCGUAACCAGAGCGAGGAUUGCCUCUAUCUGAACAUCUACGCACCUGCCAUGGGCAUGGCGGAGGGCGGCAGGAAGCAUCCGGUGUUGCUGUACAUUCACGGUGAGAGCUACGACUGGGGCAGCGGAAACCCCUACGAUGGCAGUGUCCUAGCGAGCUACACCGACCAAGUGAUCGUCACCAUGAACUACCGGUUGGGCGUGCUCGGCUUCCUGAACGCCAACGUGGCGCCGCAGACCAAGGCAAGGGUCGCAAAUUAUGGCCUCAUGGACCAAAUCGCUGCCUUGCACUGGGUUAAAGAGCACAUCGCACGUUUUGGAGGUGAUCCCGAAAAUGUCACCCUCAUGGGCCAGGGCACCGGGGCCGCAUGCGUGCAUUUUCUCGCCAUUAGCCCCACCGUCAUUCGGGGAUUAUUUAAGAGAGCCAUACUACUGUCUGGCAGCGCUCUUUCAUCCUGGGCCGUGGUGGAAGAUCCUGUGUCUUACGCUCUGAAAUUAGCCAAAGCUGUCAACUGCUCCAUUCCUGAUGAUCUUCUCAAAGAUAACGAGCUUAUAGUCGAUUGUUUGAGGGAAAGCAGUCUAGACGAUCUGAUGCAAGUCGACAUUCAGCCCCCGACGUUUCUUAGUGCGUUUGGUCCAAGUGUCGACGGUGUCGUCAUCAAACCAGAUUUUCAAAAGGACCUUCUGUCCUACCUCGGUCCUGAGUUUCAAGGAUUUGGUCCACUCCCCAAAAAAGCUGAACACGGCGCACCAAUCACGAGCAACAACAAGUAUGAUUUAUUGUUCGGCGUGACAACGAGUGAAGCUUUGUGGAAGUUUGCAGAAAAAGAUGUCCUGCAGGGAUUUGAGGGAGAAAGGAGAGACAGAAUCAUUCGUACAUAUGUGAGAAAUGCCUACGUCUAUCACCUCACUGAAAUAUUUUAUACGGUGGUAAAUGAGUAUACUGACUGGGAGCGAACAGUUCAGCAUCCUGUCAACACGAAGGAUGCGUGCGUGCAGGCGUUGAGCGACGCACAGUUCGUGGCACCACUUGUACAAACUGGAGAUCUCUUCACCCUGAGGCACACUAAGAAACCGAAUAGUCCUCACAUCGCCCCGAUUCUCGAUAGUGAAGAAGAACCCAUGCCUAAGACUUACUUUUAUGUGUUCGACUAUGAGAUGAGAGACGGCGAUUAUCCUCCGAAAAUGGGCUCGGUACACGGCGAAGAGCUUCCAUUCGUCUUCGGGGCACCAUUGUGGGUGGAGGGAUUUGGCCAUUUUCCGAAAAACUACACGAGACAGGAAAUGGCACUCUCGGAGAGUAUCAUGCAGUAUUUUGCAAACUUUGUGAAAACUGGAAAUCCAAACAUUAUCGAUCAUCAUGGGAGAAACGAGACUCUUUUACCAGCUAGUAGAGAAAAGAGUCGAUUUCGCAGUUUGUCCUGGGAACAAUAUGAUCCAGUACAUCAAAAAUAUUUAGAAAUUGGAACAAAACCGAAAAUGAAGAAUCAUUAUAGAGCGCAUCAGCUGUCGGUCUGGUUGCGCCUCGUCCCAGAGCUUCAUCGUGCUGGAAUGGAGGAUGUCGAUUCCAGGCACAACUUGUUCCGUGGCCAUAGCGACCCUAGUUUAUACGACGGCUUCGUGAGACCAGAUCCUCUCAGCAGGAUCAGCGAAGAGUUCAAGAGGAAGAACCUUAGCACGGAUCCACCAACCACGACGGAUUAUAGCAUCACGACAUGCGUCAGCCUUAUUCCGGGCACCAAUCUUCAAAACGUCCAUAAUGCCAGCACCGACACUUUAGCCAGCUUGGACGCCGCUGGGUACGCGGCGUAUUCGACAGCUUUGAGCGUGACAAUCGCGAUCGGCUGCAGUUUGCUAAUCUUAAAUGUCCUGAUAUUCGCCGGCGUCUACUAUCAAAGGGAUAAAACGCGACUUGAGGUCAAGAGCCUUCAGCAGCAACAGAUGUUGAAUCAACAAUGUGGUCCUCGCGGUUUCACCGAACUGAAACAGCCACCACCUCCACAUUCCCAUUACGCUGGUGGAGGCCAAGUAAUCGUCGACGUCGAGAAUGAAAUGUUAAGAAGGAAUGUAAUGAAAGGUCCUCCUAACGAUUCUAGCGUACCUUUUCAAGGCCAAGGAACUCAUACACUGCCUCAUCAACAUCAUUAUCAAAAGCAACAUCAACAACAGCAUGCUACUCUCCCUCGUCAUUCUGCUGUCACUUCAGUCAUUCAAGAUAUAAAUACGCAAACUCAAGGUCCUCCAAACGGAUCCAUCCAUUUGACGGUUCCUCGGGCUCCUCCGCCGCCCAGAGCGAAGAGUCCGCCAGAGAAUCAGCCUCUUCUGCAAAGCGCGACAGUUUCUAGUCGUGUGUCGCAGGCGACAAUGAGUGAGAUGCGAGUGUGAUGCUUAGACCCCCCUCCGAAGCCAGUCGUCCCGGAUGUCCUCACAGCGUCGACCUUACUCUAGGCAGUUGGUCAUAGACCUGUUGAAGUAGCUUUGAAUAGCUACUAACAUUUCGACAGGUCGAGCAGGAUAUCCGAGGGAACGUGAGCUCCGGACGAACGGAGGGGGGUGCUGGAGAGAGAGAUUCCUCAUAGCUGAGGGAUAAUCGAGCCGAGAUUGAGGUCUAUCGAAUAUAAAAGAGAAAGUUCUCACAUCAAAAUGCGCUAUUAUGAAUUUAAGGGCAGAAAUUGCAUUCUGAGCUGUAAAAAUAUAAAUUAAAAAUACGUAAAUUUAAAAGAAGAGUGCUUGUUAUUAUAAGUAUCUUGAAAUUUAAAAAUAUACAGAUUACAUAAUACAUUUCUACAAGACAAUAAAGACUUGAAAUUGCUCAAGGAAUUGCUUGUAUGAAAAUUAUGAUUUUACAUAAUCAAAAUGAUUGGUUAAAAAAAUACAGUUUACAAUUUAAUAUAUAAAAUAUGUAAAAGAUUUUUUAAGAAAUAUUUCACAAUCUCAAUAAUCAUUAAUUUAACCUCAAUAAAUGAAAGAAGGAGUACAAAUGAAUAGCGCCUUGCUUGAAACUCUUCGAUAUUCGAUAGACAUUGGUAAAGAUUAUAGAAGUAUAUAAAAAAGACAGAUGAUAAAUCAAGCCAUCAUCCUAAUUAAUCGAAAUUUCAAUCAAAUUUUACGCGAAGGAAUCAAAGCGUCGCAUUCCGCUAAUUAGUCGAUAAUGAAGAAUCUCUAGUCGUUAAAGGAGACGAAAAAUGUGGUGGACGGCUCAAUAUGAAUCGACGGCGAUGAAGAUGUAAAAAAGAAAUACUCUAGCCACUACAGUGUUAGAUGUUCCUUGUACAUAACAUGAAUUUAUAUAUACCAUGAAGACGCCAAAGUUUGCUACUUUCUAAGAGAACCGUAUUUGCAUCACGCGUAUCAUUUAUAUUCUUUUGUUUUCUGGUUGGUGUGUUGAUAUCCACGCGUGACGUCGCGUCGUGUUGUUGUAAUGUAGGGGAAUGAACGUAGAACAAUAUUUCGAGAGCAUAACGAGCGAGUUUGUUCAUCGAUGAAAAUGGAGUUUCAAAUUUUUUUUAAUUUUUAGUUUUUCAAUUUUUCUAAAUUUUGAAUUCUUUUUUUGUAAAAUAUCUUGUCUGUUAUACCACAUACAGAAUUUUCUUUUAAAUCCUUUAUUUAUUUAUAAGUUUCAACUUCUUAACCAUACUACAUAAAUUAAGACUAACUAACGGGAACCAUCGAUGCAAGUGAUAUCGCUCGUUAUCAUUGCUCCAGUUAAUACGACUGCCAUGCAGGUGGCUCCAUUGCGAACGUACGAGUAUGUAUUGCACAUGUGAAUUAUGAUACAUGAUACGCACAUAGCAUGAUCUUCGUACCCUCUCCAUGUACGCGUAUCUACAUACACAGACACAUACACACGCACACACACACACAUAUGUGUUUUAUAUAUACAUAUAUAUAUAUAUAUAUAAUGAGGCCGGAUAAUUUGAAAUCAUUGUCAUGGAUGUUUUUAAUUUUCUUCAUUUCUUCCAACACAUCUCUUUGUAUAUUAAAUAUGAGCUACUACAAAGCAAUGUAAGUAUUAUUCUUUAUACUUUCAUAUUUUUUAUACUUCCUUUGAAUUCUUAACAUUUCUUAACAUUUUUACAGAGUGAUGAACCUUGUUAAAUAACGUGUUUUACAUUCAGACGUGUCAUUCACGAUGUAAGUUGAUUUCCUUAGGAACUGUUAUCUUUCUCGCAAAACAUCACGAAACAAUCCGAUGUAUUUAAUCAUGUGGUAUAGAUACUUCAAAGUUCAACUUCCAUCGGAUACAUGGUAUGUGAUUAUCUUUUUUUGUAUAAAUAUAUACAUAUAUAGGUGUAAAAUAAAGAUUAACGUAAACUAUUAUGCAUAAUACACUGCCACAAAACUACAGAAACUAAUAUGGAAGGCUCACAUACAUACGAACUGCAAUUCUUUACAUAUUUCAUAAAAUAAUAAAUUUAUAAAAUAAAUUAAUCUAUUUAUUUAAAAAUACUAAACAAAGUAUACGCGUAUCAAUGCAAUGGAAACUUCAAAAUUGAUUUAUUAAAAUAAAAUUUUCCUUUAACCACUUUAUGAAAUUUUUUUGACCACUUUACAUGAAAUAAAUCAUUUAUUUUCAAGAUUAAGCAUUCAAUAAGUUUAAAGAUUUAAAUCUUUAAAUUAGAAGAAUAAAAAUUCAAUAAAUUGUGAAUGUUAUUAAAGUCCUCUUUGCAAAGAACCACAUUGCAUAUAUUGAUAAAUCGAUAGAGGAAAGUCAAAGUUUUGUACAUAUGCACCUUUGCUAAAGAUGAAAAGAAAAACAAAGGCUGCAUCUUGCUUGCUUUCUGAGCAAAACGAGACGAUCGCGGCCACGAAGUGGCUUAGUUAGCUCCUGAAAUCCUUGAAUCUUUGGGUCCUCAUAAUCAAAGGAUCUUACCGUCCUAGAAGGAUCUUAUACUUUUGUAUUGAACUAACUCGAGUUCGUAGAGCGGAAAGAUCCCAAAUUGGCUGCAAAAACACCUGCUCAUAAAACGUGGAUAAAGGAAGAAUGUAAAAAUAUCCUGGAGCCGUGAUGUCUGACAGAAGUAAAAUGGCGAAACGAUACAGGUGCGUUCGUGAUUGGAAUUGUGGAAAAAAGAAAAUAAAGAGAGAGAAAAAAAACGACGCCAUAUCGCCGAACGUAAAUUGUAGCAGCACUCGCAAGCGUAAAAUAAAUAUUGUGGGCGUUGUACGAUAUCAUCAUCAAGUAUGGGACAAUCCGAAUAUAUUAAAAAUUAAGGAACAAAGCUGGUAAUAGUAAGUAAAAAUGAGCGGAAGAAGGAUAAUUAGGGAGAGAAAGAAAAUGAAAAGAAAAAUAUGUCGAACAGUUAAGCAGAUGUUUAAGAAAUUUAAAUAACAUAUUAUAUAUAAUAUACACAUAUUACACAUUGUAAUAAAUUAUUAUAUGACGGAUAUUAUUAUAUUUAUGUGAGACCUUUAGCUCUCUCUGGCCUCGCGCUCUCCUAGAACGAUACCUCGAUUAUACUUUCCGGCCGAGGGCGAGGCUACCUGUUACGUUUAACGUUUUGUUGUCAAAUUGUAAAUACAUAACAAUAUACAUGGAAA